GGACAAUAGAGACACGUUGUUGGAAAAACCUAGCCCCAUGGAACCUGUGAAGAAAUAUCGUAUAUACAUGGCUGCCCUGAGUGCUAACAUGGCCUACUUUUCACUUGGCACAGUUGUCGGGUGGGCUUCUCCUACAAUGCCAAAACUGAGAGAUCACACGUAUGACAGUCCUUUAGCAUUUGGAGUUAGCACAUCGGAAGAAGGAUGGAUAAGUUCUUUAGUUUGUUUUGGAUCUUUAAUGGCAUCUCCUAUUGCUGGUCCAUUAGCUGGAAAGAUUGGACGAAAAUGGUCUCUUUUGUCAAGUUCUGUAUUUUUCACAGCUGCAUACAUAUUAUUGAUGGUUGGUGGAUCAAUUCCUUCAGUAUACGUUGCCCGAUUAUUUCAGGGUCUUGGAGCAGGACUAGCAGCUACAAUAAUGCCAAUGUAUAUUGGAGAAAUAGCAACCGAUGAUUGUCGAGGAGCUGUUGGAUCCCUUAUGACUUUACUUAUGGCAGCUGGAAUUCUGUAUGUCUACAUCAUUGGACCCUUUGUGAGUUACAUGACGCUUCAAUGGUGCUGCAUUAUUAUUCCAAUCAUAUUUUUUGGAACCUUCAUUUUUAUGCCUGAAAGUCCAUACUACUACGCAAUUAAGGGACAAAAGAAGAAUGCAUUAAAAUCUCUGCAGUUUCUUCGAGGACAAAGUCCAAAAAUUGUCGAAGAAGAAAUGAACGAAAUUCAAAAAUCUGUCGACAAAGCUAUGUUAAACACCGGAACUCUAUUCGACAUCUUCCAAAACCGAGGCUACAGGAAAGCUCUAUUUAUUUGCGGAGGAUUGCUUAUGUUUCAACAAUUCAGUGGAACAACUGCCGUCUUAUUCAACAGUCAAUCGAUCUUUAGCAGUGCCAAAUCAUCAUUAGACCCAGCUAUCGCCACAAUUAUUAUGGGUUUGGUUCAACUUGCUGGCAAUCUUCUUACACCAUUUGUAGUUGAACGAACUGGAAGAAAGAUGGUCCUGCUGACCUCAGCAACUGGAAUGUUUAUAGCCCUCUUUGGAUUGGGCAUAUUCUUCUAUGUUCAAACUUUUGGCGAUUCUUCAGGUCUUCUCUGGAUUCCAGUUCCUGCUUUGCUAUCAUUCAAUGCGUUCUAUGCAUUUGGAUUUGGUCCAAUUCCAUGGGCAAUUGUUGGUGAAAUGUUUCCAUCGAAUAUUAAACCAGUUGCAGCAUCUUUUGUGUCUGUAAUAACAUCGCUUGUAUCUUUUGUGGUAACACGUUGGUAUCCAGAACUUAAUGCUUUAGGAACGUAUUAUGCCUUCUGGUUUUUUGCACUUUGUUGCGUUUUAGCAUUUUUGUUUGUAGUAUUUGUGGUAAUUGAAACGAAAGGUUUGAGUUUGCAGAGAAUUCAAGAAAGACUGCAAUCGAGAAAACAUUCUAUUAGUUCUAAUUUGUCAAAAACAUAAAUAACAAAGUUGUAGGUAUUUUUGUUUAAUAAUGUUAAG